AUGGAUACACGAGUAGCAGCUCUUGAAGGGUCGGUUCAGGAAAUCCAAUCUUCCGUUGCGACGAUCGGGUCAACAAUGCAGAAUUUGUCCACCGUCAUAGCAUCAAUGGAGUCUCGAUUUGCAGCCUUAGAAUUUCAUUUUUCUGGUGCUGAUCGUCCUCAUCGUGCUCCCGGGGAUCUUGGAAAUUCUUCAAAUCCAAUGGGUAGUUCUGAAGAAACCUUGUCCGAUCGAGUUGAUCAUAUGGGUCAGCGUUUUUUCCGUCAAGAUUCAUCGUUUCACCCCCGGCCGCCAUUGAUCAAGCUUGAGUUUCCUCGGUUCUCAGAUGGCGAUGAUCCUUUGGCAUGGGUUUAUCGGGCAGAGCACUAUUUCGAUUAUUUCUCGGUUGACGAUGCCCAAAAGGUACGGAUGGCUUCUUUUCAUAUGGACAACGAAGCUUUACAAUGGUUUCAAUGGAGGAAUUGUAUCAAGAAUCACCUAACCUGGGCAGAUUUUGUUCAUGUCUUCUGUAAAGAAUUUGGGCCUUCUGAAUUUGAGGAUUUUACCGAAGCUUUAGUUCAAUUGAAGCAGUUGGGUUCCCUCAAAGAGUACGUCUCGGAGUUUCGUCGAUUGGCGAAUCGGACUACGGAGAUAGGUCCGGUCAUGCUACGUGGUUGUUUCAUCGGCGGCCUGAAACCGGAGUUACGUCAUGACGUCAAACUGCUUCGCCCAUCUGAUGUACAUGAGGCAAUUGCGCUGGCCUUCCAAGUGGACAUCAAACUAUCUGAUACCAAGGUUCGAAAUUUCUCCAGAAAUUCUGUUUCUUCUUUCAGUAAUGCUACCAACUCAAAAUCUGUGCCUCUGUUAUCUGGUAGUAAUUUUUCUUCUAGCACAUCUAGGGCUAGUAAUAUGAGGAAAAUGUCCUUUGAAGAAAUUCAAGAUCGUCGGAAAAAGGGGUUGUGUUAUUCUUGUCCAGAGAAAUGGGUUCGGGGGCAUGUUUGUGCUACUCAACAACUACUGUUAUUAGAUGUCUCUGCUGAUAGGAUUGAAGAUUUCGAUGGUGAGGACUGUGAUGACCAACAGGUGGAAAUCACUGCUUGUGCAGUUUUUGGUUCAUCGGCUCCUCAACAUAUUCAGACUAUGAAAGUCUCGGGAUUAAUCAAGAAUUGCCCAGUUAUUGUAUUGUUGGAUUCGGGUAGCUCACACAAUUUUAUUAGUUUGUCUGUUGCCAAACAAUUAGGGUGGAAGGUUGACUCAAAACAUUCUUUUGAGGUGAUGAUUGCAAAUGGGGGUACUAUUGCCAGUAAAGGUUGUUGUUCUCAAAUUAAGUUGCAGAUUCAACAAUAUGAGUAUAUUUCUGAUUUCUAUGUACUACAAUUGGGUGGUUGUGAUGUGGUUUUGGGAGCUCAGUGGUUAAGAACUUUAGGUCCUAUUCUUUGGGAUUUUGACAAACUCAAGAUGGAAUUUACUUUGGGCAAGAAGCACUAUUGUAUUUCUAGUUCUCCACCACCUCCUGCACCAACGUCCAUUUCAACCUGUCAGGUGGAGAAAUUGCUUUCUCAAGGUCCUUUUGGUGUCGUUCUUUUCUUCCUAGAACCCGAGACUCAGGUUGCUAUUGUUGGGGAUCUCACUGUUCUGCAGGAAACUGAGUUAGAGGGCUUAUUAUCUCGAUUUGCUUCUGUAUUCCAAGCACCAACCACACUUCCUCCUUCACGUUCUCAUGACCAUAGAAUUCCUCUUUUGGAAGGCAGCAAGCCUCCCAGUGCCAGGCCUUAUCGGUAUGGUCCCUUACAAAAAUCUGAAAUCGAAAAGUGUGUUCAGGAAUUAUUGGAUUCGGGUUUUAUUAGAGCCAGUAACAGUUCAUUUUCUUCACCAGUUCUCUUGGUUAAGAAGAAGGAUAAUAGUUGGCGGAUGUGCAUGGAUUAUAGAGCUCUAAAUUUGAUAACCAUUAAGGAUAAGUAUCCAAUACCCAUAAUUGAUGAAUUGUUGGAUGAGUUGUUUGGUGCUCAAUUUUUUUCGAAGUUGGAUUUGCGGGCAGGAUAUCAUCAGAUCAGGGUCCAUACUAGUGACAUUGAGAAGACAGCAUUUCGCACCCAUGACGGUCACUAUGAAUUUUUAGUAAUGCCAUUUGGGCUUACUAAUGCCCCAGCCACUUUCCAAAGUUUGAUGAAUGAGAUUUUCCGCCCCUACUUGAGGAAGUUUGUUUUGGUUUUCUUUGAUGAUAUUCUCGUGUACAGUGACUCUUGGGAAUCCCAUCUUCACCAUUUGUCUCUGGUUUUCAAAGUUCUCCAAGACCAUCAAUUGUUUGUCAAGCGAACUAAGUGUGACUUUGGCAAAUCACAAAUCGAAUAUUUGGGCCAUGUGGUGUCUCGGCAAGGGGUGGCAGCAGAUCCAAGUAAGCUUCAAUCCAUCCAAGAUUGGCCUCUUCCUCAUUCGGUUAAGGCUCUCAGGGGUUUUCUUGGCCUCACAGGAUAUUAUCGGAAAUUCAUUCUGAAUUACAGGAAGAUUUGUGGACCACUUACUGCGCUUACAAAAAAGGAUGCAUUUAAGUGGACUGAUGAAGCUACUAGGGCCUUCCAGGCUCUCAAGGAUCUCAUGGUAUCUCCUCAUGUUCUUGCUUUACCCGAUUUUUCCAAACCUUUCAUUAUUGAAACUGAUGCUUCCAAUAAUGGUCUUGGUGCUGUUUUACACCAAGAUGGGAGGCCAAUUGCUUUUACAAGCAAAGCUUUAGGCCCACGAGCUCAAGCAAUGUCCACAUAUGAACGGGAAAUGUUGGCUAUCGUCCAUGCCAUCAAGAAGUGGCAGUCAUAUAUUCAAGGGAGGCAUUUUGGUUGUGAUAAUGUUGCUGCUGAUGCUCUUUCUAGACUGCAUUCAGAUGGGGAAUUGUCGGCCAUCUCUUAUCCUUACAUGGGUUGGUUGGAUGAUAUAAGGAGGCAUAAUGAACAAGAUCCUUGGAUAAUGGAAAAAAUUCGGGAGUUACCUGCUGAUGGUGCUUCUUCUUCCACAGCUCGGUACCAUUUUGAUAAUGGUUUUCUUAAGUAUAACGGGCGGAUUGUUUUAAGUCCAUCUAGUGGUUGGAGGGACAAGAUUUUCUAUGAGCAUCACUGUACUCCAGUGUGGGUGGCAGCUUGCUCAGUUUGUCAACAAAACAAGACUGAAACUUUGGCUUCUCCUGGCCUACUUAAUCCACUUCCCAUCCCAUCUACUGUAUGGACGGAUAUAGCAAUGGAUUUUAUUAUUGGUCUUCCUCCUUGCAAGGGUAAAACCAUUAUUUUUGUGGUCGUUGAUCGCCUUUCCAAGUAUGCUCAUUUCCUGCCCAUGUCUCAUCCAUACACUGCCCAUUCCGUAGCACAGAUAUUUGUUGACCAUAUAUUCAAACUCCAUGGUAUGCCAUCCACAAUAGUAAGUGAUCGCGAUCCUGUUUUCUUGAGCUCUUUUUGGAAGGCAUUUUUUACAUUGAACGGCUCCAAAUUGUGUCUCAGUUCGGGUUACCAUCCUCAAACCGAUGGACAAACAGAGGUCACUAAUAGAGGUUUGGAAACAUACUUGAGGUGUUUUUGCAGUCAUCAACCAAAGAAGUGGGUUCACUGGCUUCCGUGGGCAGAAUGGCAUUACAAUACUACUUUUCAUACUUCAUCCAAACUGACACCAUAUGAAGUUGUGUAUGGGCAGCCACCUCCCGCUGUACCUACUUAUGAAUCUGGAGCAACUAAGAUUGAUUUGGUUAAUCGGAGUUUAGAAGAAAGGGGAAGAAUUUUGUCUCAGCUCAAGACUAAUCUUUUAUCGGCUCAAGUGAGGAUGAAGCAGCAAGCAGAUAAACACCGCACUGAGAGGUCUUUUGAGGUUGGAGAUAUGCGAUUGGUACCUUAUCAACACCAAUCACUUGCUAAACAUCCCUUCCAUAAGCUUCAACCACGGUUCUAUGGUCCAUUUAAGGUGUUGCAGAAGAUUGGUCACGUGGCUUAUAAAAUUGACUUACCUACCACAUCCAAACUUCACCCAGUUUUUCAUGUUUCAUGCUUGAAGAAACAGUUAGGCUCUGAUAUCAUUCCUGCAGUUCCAUUACCUGUCGUUAUAGAGGAUGGACUCUUGGAGGAUUAUCCUUUGGCAAUCUUGCGGCGCAGGUUAACAGGUCAGGGCAGUUCAUCUAAGACUGGGGUUUUGGUGCAAUGGCAGCAUCGGCCUAAGGAGGAUGCGACUUGGGAAAAUUAUGCAGAGUUUGUCAACAGGUUUCCUGCAUUCCAACCUUGA